GCGGCGUUGCGCACUGCGCAGACCGAAAUGCAUGCGCAUACAACACCGAAGUACCGCGAGAGUGCGUCGGAUGAAAGGAAAUUACGUACGUUGAAAAGCAUAAACAAACAAACGAAACUUCAUACAAUGUUUCUCUUUUAUUAGAUUCUUUAACAGUCAUGUUAUAUUUUGCGCUAUGGUUGUCGAAUUGUAUUAUAAAUGAGGCGCAUGCAGUAAGUCACAGUAUAUUCACGCACGUGUGUUUUUAUCAUGGAGAUCUUCGGCAGCACGUUUGAUGAUUCUGUGUUUGAAGAAUCGCGGAACAGAGUCGCAGCAGUUCUGCCCACAUACGAGCCUAAACUCUGCGAACCUGAGUGGUUUUGUCAAGAUGGACAUAUCGAAGAUGCAUUAGAGGAGCAAAAAACCCUUAAGUUCAGAGGAGACUUGGCCUACAGGAGGAAACAGUAUCAGGUGGCUCUGGAUGAAUACAUGUCCUGCCUCACUCUGCUACCUGCUGGAAACACGUCAGUGAAGCGAGAUGUUUUGGAAGGGAUUGCUCGAUGUUGCUGUCAUCUGGGACGAAAAGAAGACGCUCUUAGCGCCUGCGAGAAACUGAGGUUAGAGAUUUCCAACACCUGCCACCUCACCUGCGUGCUACAGCUGGAGUGGAGUAUUCAUGAACACCAUCGAGAUCUGACAAACAGCAUCUCCAGCCUGCAGCAGCUGUGCUGUCUUCAUCCCUAUCAUUCCGGGUACUGGCUGAAUCUAGCCAUGAGUUAUCAAAGACUUCUGGAGUCUGAACGCUGCCUGGAGAAACAAUGUGAAGAUCAGAUGCAGACAAAUAACAUUUUAAACCUGAAGACCAUCAUGUGUUUUAUUAGAACAAGGUUGUUAAUUGAAAUCCUGAGGAUUCAGCAGUUCUCAUUCGUGCUGGAGAACAGCCAGAAGGUUUUACAAGAGGUUGAGGAAGCUCUACAGGUUCUGCAUCCAAACGAGAAAAUGCUCCAAACAGUGUCUGAGGUGAUGUCAGAGGACCUCAAUCCAGAGAAGAUGAGGGAGGAAAACCAAGAUGGAGAAAGUUUAUCAGGUCUUUAUAUUAAAGACUUUGAUGACAGAUGGUGGACCAAAUUUUACACAAAAUUGCAGAAGACAACAACUCUAUCCAUGCACACAAUACCGGUGGACAGAUGAAUAAAUGUAGUGAUUG